AUGCAGCAACCAGGCCCCGGGGCCAUGCAAGGAGGUAGCAAUGGCCACGUUGGAUUUUCUUGUGAGACUCGCAGCUGGACAGAUGCGGCACACGUGCAGGCACAAUUUCCAGACUUUGCGAUCAACGACGACUACUGCGACUGCUUUGAUGGCUCGGAUGAGAAUCUUACAGCGGCCUGCCCGCACAACAGCUUCUCAUGUGUGAAUUUGGGUGGCCUUCCACGAGUGAUCGACAGCUCCUUUGUCAACGAUGGAGUUUGUGAUUGCUGCGAUGGGUCUGACGAGACCAUGAUGGUGUGCAGCAACACCUGCCAGCAGGAGCUGUCCAACAUGUCCUCGAAAAUUGCGAGUAUGUUGGCCCUCGAGCGACGAGGAACGGCCUUGAAAGAAGAGGUCUUGCGAGUGCUUUCUGAGAAGGUCACAUUGACAAAGCAGAUGCUGAAGAGCGCCAAAGCGGCUGCUGCACCUUUCUUGGAAGCGACGCAAAAGGUGAAAGAGAAGUUAACGGAAGUUACAAAAAAGAGCCAGAAAGAGAAACAGAGUGGGAAAAAGGGAAAGCCGCUGAAUCUUUCUGAGAUUGCUGACGGCCCUGGGCGAGUAACGUUGCGAUGUUUCGCCGGGGACUCCAGCCACGAAGAUUUUCCGGCAAAUGUCUCUUGCAUAGCUGCAGCAGAGUGCCCAUAUGUGUGUGCGUACCUGUGCAGCGACUCCCGACGAUUCAACGGGACCUGCGCGUUGGACGCUGGUGGUGCGGGUGAGCCGUGGACGUUCUUUGCAUACAACCCGGAUGCAUUGAAGUAUGAAAAAAUGAUGGCCGCUUAUGGCAGGGCCCAGGCAGGCGCCCUGGAAGCAUCUGCUAUAGAACACGUACUCCCUAGUGAGAAGUGGACACAGCUUGACUUCAAGUGGCUGGAGCUUCGGCAGAGACUUCAACGAAUACAGCGCAAGGCAGCCGAGACUAUGGAGGCCCUUUCCGAAGCCGAGUCCGAUGCUCACAUGAUGAACUUGGUCGAAUCCGGCCAGCUGGGUCCUGGUGGAGUUUACCACGACCUGCAUGAGGUGUGCUUGGCUCUGACACAAACCCAAUACGUUGGGACCACGGCACUGCGCGAGCAAUGGCGUACCUUUCUGUACAGCAUCUGCUUCUACCGGAACGCCACGCAAGCGGAGCUGAAGUCGGACGUGGACGCGGCCGCCAUGUGCGAUGAGUCUGGGAAAUGCUCCGAAGCCCAAGCCGCAGCAUCAGAACCCAUCGUUUUGGGCCGACCAGCCGGCUUCAUGCUGCCCGGCAGUGAUCCGAAGCGAUUUGGCCUCCGGGAACUCUUCUUCGAGCCGUCGGAGAACACCCUCGUCUUUGCGGGAGGGGCUUCCUGCGGGCACGUGGCGCGAGCUGUAGCUGUUGAGUUUGUUUGCGGGGAGACGGUGGAGCUGCGCCGUGUUGCGGAAGUGAGGACAUGUUGCUAUGUUGCGGAGGUGUCCCACCCAGGGGCAUGUAACCUUUUGCGAUGGCCCAGGGGUCUUAGGGACUUGGACACCACCAGCGUGGAAACCGCCACAGCGGAAGUGUCUGCAUGGCUGCUGCGAAACGCACAGCGUCUGCACCAGGAGGGCGUGACUGAUUGGACAGUCCGGCUUGGCUCUCGCUCCACUCAGCAAUGGCUUCAGCGUGUCGAUCAAGGCAUGGUCCCACCCCUGGUUACCUUGGAGGCUGCAAGGGAGUCGCUUUCAUCCACCAUAUCCUUGGCACAAGCAGUUCUGGAGCUUCUGGUGAAUGCAGCGGCUAGCAGUGUCCCAAGCGCAGUCGUCGAUUUGAGAACUCAGGCAGUUCAGAGCCUGGUCGAACAUGCGGGACACGUGAAGCUGCCAGAGCCGCUGCAGAACGCCUCAGAGGCCAUCUUGGCAGCUUGGGGAUCGGUUGGCAUCAAUCGGAGCCAUGCUUGGAGCUACAUCGACAUGGCGCAAGUCGGAACAGGCCAUAUUCUGACCUACAGCGUGGUACCUUUGCUUGAAAGGUUUGAAGAAUCAAGGCCAGCUGAUCGGCAUUACUCUGUAUCAACUCAAGAAAGUGACGUGCUGCUCUUGCUGGGACACUUUGCCUUGGUGCACAUCCUGCUGAUCUGCUUCUUGCGUGUCGCGCUGUCCGCCUGCUGCUGCUUCGGAAGAAGCUUCUGUCGGCGCUGCUGUUGCAGCAGUUCCCGGACAGCAAAUACUGCAGAAGCAGACGAUCGGCAGACGGAGGUCGACAACAUGCAAGGCACUCGCGAAGAAAGGAACAUCGCACUUGCCUUGUGUCCCCUGCCCACCAGAAUGCCUUUGGUCAGCAAUAGGCAGCUCUGCCUCAGUCUUCAAUUCACGCGGCCAUGGCCGCGUCCAGCUGCCCUCUCGGACUCGGUGGGCGCUGCGCUUAGCCGCGAGCCCUUCAUGUACCCUUCCGAGAAGCAGUUCUUCGCUUCCGCAACGGCGAAGGGCCACACGCUCGACCCACAGGACAUGAGCAUGGUCAUCGCAAUUCACAACGCGGUGAACGAGCGGACCUGGCAAGAGAUCCUCAAGUAUGAGGGCUUGCACUUUAAGGAGUGUGCGGAGCCGAAGCUCCUGCGCUUCCUCGGGCGGCCGGGAGAACUCACGCCCAAGGCCCGUCUGACCAGCUUCUUUGGACGGACAUUGCCGUUUGACCGCCACGACUGGCAUGUAGAUCGGUGUGGCAAGCACGUUCGAUAUGUGGUGGACUUCUACGAUGGGCAACAAAGUCCAACGCAUGCAGUGUCCAUACACAUCGACGCCCGGCCGGAGGUGUCCUGGCAAGGGCUCACAGAUCGCUUCAAGCUGUGGUGGAAUGGGAAGUAG